AUGUGGGCGUUUUGCAUGGUUUUGGUUAUGGCUCUCUGCCACCUGCAAGGUGGCCAAGGAGAAGCUCUUAAAGAUAUUGGUGUGAAUUGGGGUGCAAUGGCUUCUACACCUCUGUAUCCUCCUGUUGUGGUGGAUUUGUUGAAAGAAAAUGGAAUUAGUAGAAUAAAGCUUUUUGAUGCAGAUCCUUGGACUGUUGGUGCCUUUUCUGGCUCAGACAUUGAAGUCAUGGUUGGAAUUCCUAAUGAGAUGUUGAAGAAACUUUCUAAAGAUAAAGAUAAUGCAGAACAUUGGGUUAAACAUAAUGUUAGCAAACAAGUUGAUGGAGGGGUCAACAUCAGAUAUAUAUCUGUAGGAAAUGAGCCAUUCUUGAAAAGUUACAAUGAUUCGUUUGUGGGGAUUACACUUCCAGCAAUGAAGAACGUUCAAAGGGCAAUUAACAAGGCUGGUCUUGGAGACAAAAUCAAGGUAACAUCAGCUUUGAAUGCUGAUGUAUAUGAGUCUGCUACAGAUAAACCGUCUGAUGGAACUUUUCGCAAAGACAUUUAUGAUAUCAUGAAACAGAUAGUGUCAUUUCUCGAUGAAAACAAGUCACCAUUUCUUGUUAACAUAUAUCCGUUCCUCAGUCUGUAUCAGAAUGAGGAUUUUCCAAAGGAUUAUGCAUUCUUCGAUGGUAAUGCUAAAGGAACUGACGACAAAAAUGUGCAUUACACCAACAUGUUUGAUGCAAAUUUAGACACUCUUAUUUGGUCGCUAAAGAAAGCUGGUCACCCUAAUGUGUCAAUCGUUAUAGGUGAAGUUGGAUGGCCAACAGAUGGUGAUAAAAACGCGAAUGAAGAAAAUGCAAAAAGGUUCUACCGAGGGUUUCUCAAGAGAAUGGCAAGCAAAAAAGGGACUCCACUUCAUCCAAAAUCUAUGAUUACUUAUCUGUUUUCUCUCACUGAUGAAAACCAGAAAAGUAUUGCACCAGGUGACUUUGAACGCCACUGGGGCAUUUUUACAUACGAUGGGAAGCCAAAGUUUUCUAUUGAUUUUUCUGGGAAAGGACAAGACAAAAUGCCUAUAGCAGCAAAAGGGGUUGUUUACCAAGAGAAAAAAUGGUGUGUUCUUAAACAGGUCAACAAUAAUAAUAAACAGGCUGUGGGAGAAGCAUUAACUUAUGCUUGUUCAAUGGGUGAUUGCACAAGUUUGGGUUUUGCUCGUUCUUGUGCAAAUUUGAAUUUGGCUGGUAAUGUUUCAUAUGCUUUCAAUCAGUAUUUUCAGAUAAACGAUCAAAGUGUUGAGGCAUGUGAUUUCAAUGGAUUAGCAGAGAUUGUUCCAAAUGAUCCAUCUAAAGGAAGUUGCCACUUUCCCAUUGCACUUAUGAGCAGUGCAAACAUUGUUAAAGCAAUGCAUCAUGUGAAGGGAUAUUUAAUUGCUUUCACCUUGAUUUUCACAUUUUUUCUGUAG